CCGAGCCUUCGAGCGCAUCCCAGGCAUCCUCCUUAGGCUAGUUCAUCGCGCGCGCGCGAGUGCUGCGACAGUAUUAAACGACGUGGAGGAGGAUAAGGUCGACGGUCUUGACGUUCCUUGCGAAUAACUGAACAAGUCUGAGAAAAGGAUUUAAACGUAGAAAAACUUGAAAAAAAAUUUUGAAAAAACGCAUAUUUUGACAAGUACUCUUUUUGGCAAGAAGCAGUCAACCGUAUUAAUUUCAAUUCUACCGCAGGGGUUGAAAUUUGUUUUCUAUAAAAUUCGUCUGUCAAUAAUUGUUGUUUGCUUUCUGUUCUUAUGGCAUUGAAACGUACCAACACAUGACUCAUGCGCGCUGUAUUCUGGAUUUUUAUCAAGCCAUGUCGUCAUGAUACGUGAUACGUGAUACAUGACGUGAUACGGUGUGUUAAAACCAAUGGUGAUUUGUAUAUUUCCGUCGUAAGAGCAAACAGUGAUUUACCUUGAUCUGUGAAAAGUGCAUGUACGUCAAUCAAUGCAGGAUAUUAUGUAUCGUAUGGAAUGAAAAAUAAUUAAGGAAGAACUGAUAAUAAUAAAAGUGUUUUCGUAAAACAAAAUAACGUUCAUCAGUAUCCCCGAGUUUCUGUAUAUUCUAUAUGCCUACAGUCUAUACAUGCAAUAAAUUUAAAACACACCGAAUGCGGAACGGAAGAGGAAGAGGGUAAAAAUUUAAGAACAUAAAACCACAUCGACCAAACAUCUUAUACGUACUUUCAGUAUAAUACGAAUAAUUUUACAACGUUGUAAGAUAUUCGUCUGACGUGUGGAAAUGUGGAAUCGAGUAGUGCGUGGAUAGAAAUAUUGGCAAAGUCUGUGUAUUUGCAAAGACAUAUAUUUUUGUGUGUAUACGUGCAACGGGUCAAAAUUUCUGUGAGAAGAAACAAAAUUAAGAAAAAAAAUAUAUAAGAAUAAAGAAGACCAAAAUUUAAAUUUAUAAAAAAAAAAAAAAAGAACGGACGAGCAUUGGAUUUAUAGCCGCGAAGCAAGCCUGAAAUAACAGAAGAUCCAACGGCGCUGAAUCAGCCCCGCAAGAGGGGACCGGAGAACAGUUUCUGACAGCAGCCACGCGCGCUCAAUCCCAACUGCAAGGAAAAGGGAAAGAACGAAAAAUCCCCGCCAACUAGCAGUUGGCGGAAGAUCGCGGUUAAUUCCGUUAUCGCAACCGCGACCCGCAAUAGUUGCAUGUUAAUGAAAGAACUCGAUUUGUUGAAAUUAAGAGAAAGUUAAGUUGAAUCGCUAACUUUAACGCGGAAGAUAAAAUUUGAGACUUUGUUUUUUACGCCGGAGGGAUUACAGUGACGGAAAUCUGAGCCGACUUUAACCAAAUCAAAAUUUUCAACGAGGACGUUCCGCGGCGAAACCUUACUCAUGUGCCAUACUCCGAUCGUCCAGUAGCCGACGCUGUAACUACGUCGCCAUAAUGACGUCACGAGGCUACUACGUAAGGCUUAUGCUUCUUGCGAUAUUCGGCUUCACCGUCACCCAGACCAAGGAAGUUCGACUAGAUUUGAUAAACCCCGACGUUGUGAUAAACGUUGGAGAAAAGCUGCGUAUCCGAUGUCAACCGCAACCCGAUUCGCAAACAUUUUGGUACAAAAACGACGUACAUUUCCAAUCGUCGGUACCGAAAAUACGGGUAAUGAGCGAGUGGAUAAGAUUCAAGGCAGUCCAGGUGGAGGACACUGGAAUAUACGGCUGCAAAGUCGCGACGAAAAACGUGAUAGAGUGGAAAAACGUCUCGAUAACGGUUGUCGAGCCGCCCGUUGAAGAGCAGAGAGACGAACCGUUCAACCCCGAAAACGCGGCCCUUGAAGCGCGGCGACCGGAGGAGGAAACGAACGAGCUGGAAAACGAGGCCAGAAAACGCAUGCCGGAGCCGCUUUCGCUGCACAUAGACGCCGACCCCGACAGCGACAAGGCGGACGAAACCGAGGUCGGGAUGCACAACACGACGGCGGAACUGAGUCCACCUUAUUUCCCGAAGAUCGACACGAUGCACAAGGUGAUUGCCAAGCCGGCGGGAAACACGCUCAAACUACGAUGUCCGGGGAGCGGGAAUCCCAUGCCGAACAUAACUUGGCUGAAGAACAAUCAGGAGCCAGAAAGGUCGCUCGGGAUCGUUAAGAUACGGGGCUGGACCCUGAACAUUGAAGACGUCGUCCCCGAGGACGGCGGAAACUACACUUGCAUCCUGUGCAACUCCCUGGGUUGCACAAAUUACACGUUUAAGGUCGACAUUAUAGAGAGAUUCCCGCACAAGCCGUACAUCAACCUGGGAUACCCAAAGAACGUCACGGCACAGUUGGGAUCCUCGGUUCAAUUCAAAUGUUCUAUCGUAUCAGACCUGGAGCCUAACAUACAGUGGCUAAAGGUCUAUGGGAGUCCCGAAGAGGACAGAGAGCCCAAUGGAACUCAGAUCGAGGUUGGCGACACGAGUAAGCCGGACGUUUUGGAAUUGGCGAACGUAACGAGCGAACACGAAGGCUGGUAUACCUGCAUAGCGGCGAACAAUCUGGGCGUCACAUUCAGCAGCGCUUAUCUCCGAGUUGUGGAAUCUCUUGAAGAGGAGAACCGGGUUCCGCUAACAGCUCGGCCUCAAUCGGUCCUGGUGAACGCGUUGGCGGGUAUUUUGUGCACAUCCUUUCUCUUCGGGAUAAUAAUCGUUGUCAGUAUAUUCCGACGACUGAAGCGAGAGAAGAUGAAGAAAAUACUGGCGAUAGAAACGGCCCGAGCUGCUGUGGUAACGCAGUGGACGAAAAAGGUGAUCGUGGAGAAACAGCAUCUGGCCAACGCCCAGAACGUUCAGGAGCCGCUCCUAAUGCCGGUCGUUAAAAUCGAGAAGCAAAAAUCCACCGCCACGGCCGAAGACAACUCAGGAGGAAGUAUUUCCGAGUACGAAUUACCGAUGGACAGUGCCUGGGAACUUUCUCGGGAUCACUUGGCGCUCGGAAACACCCUCGGCGAAGGAGCAUUCGGAAAAGUUGUUCGCGCCCAGUCGAACUCCCUUAAACCCGGAAUACCGAGCGUCGUUGCUGUCAAAAUGCUCAAGGAGGGUCACACGGACGCAGAGAUGAUGGACCUUGUGUCGGAAAUGGAAAUGAUGAAGGUAAUCGGAAAGCACGUUAACAUAAUAAACCUGCUGGGCGCUUGCACUCAAGGCGGUCCGCUUUACGUCGUGGUCGAAUUCGCGCCUCACGGAAACCUCCGGGACUUCCUGCGGGAGCACAGACCGUCUUCCGGUUACGAGCCGACGAUAGGCCAGGAGACGAAGCAGCGAAAAACGCUGACGCAAAAGGACCUCGUCUCUUUCGCGUACCAGGUAGCCAGGGGCAUGGAAUACCUGGCGAGCAGACGCUGCAUCCACAGAGAUUUGGCCGCCAGGAACGUCCUCGUGAGCGACGAGUACGUGCUCAAGAUAGCUGACUUUGGACUCGCCCGCGACAUCCACUGCCACGAUUACUACAGGAAAACUACAGACGGAAGGCUUCCGGUUAAGUGGAUGGCACCCGAAGCCCUCUUUCACAGGCUUUACACCACUCAGUCCGACGUAUGGUCGUACGGAAUUCUGUUGUGGGAAAUAAUGACUCUGGGCGGUACGCCCUACCCGUCCGUUCCCUCGGUUGAGAAAUUGUUUCAGCUAUUGAGAUCUGGACACAGGAUGGAAAAGCCGCCGUGUUGUUCUAUCGAAAUAUACAUGCUCAUGCGGGAUUGCUGGAGUUACCAACCAAACGAACGACCGAUGUUCGGUGAGCUGGUCGAAGACCUUGACAGGAUAUUGACGAUAACCGCUAACGAGGAAUACUUGGACCUCGGUCUACCGCAGCUAGACACACCGCCAUCCAGCCAGGAGUCGAGCGAAGCCGAGGAAGACGACGAUGACGAGAAGUUUCCGUAUUUGUUGUGAAUAACCUGGCCGAAUGAGAAAAUAAGGUGACAAUUGUUGUUUUACUCAUGAAUUUUCGAGGGAUAAUCAAGACGUCGGAACUCUUGGUUGGGUAGAAAUGAAAAUGACGGAAAAGGAAUCGUACAAUCGAUACGAGAUGAGAAGAUAAUUUUGAGACUAAUGAACUAACAAACUGACAAAGUAUAAUACACGUAAUAGUGAAAAAUCACGUGUAAUAUAAAGUGUUUGUUACACCGAAGGACAAAAGUGAAAGAGGAAAAAAGGCGAUUCAAGUUUUUGUGAGUGGAAGGAGGUAAAUUACGUCGGGAUAUUUGUACAACCGAACGUCGACUGAUACAUAGAGAACACGCCAAAUGAUACAAAUCAGUAUUGACAAAAACAUAAAUAGAUAAAUAAAUAAAUGAAUGAAUAAAUAAAUAAACAAAAAAUAAAGAUAAAUACGUAACGCAUAUGUUUUUUAGACUUUUAAGGAACUGUUGAAAAACGAAAAAAGGGAGAAAAAAAAUAAUUAAUCCAACGCAUUGUAAACCUGGUGGUGCCUGAUGUUUCGAGGUGCUAAUCGUGCAAGGUAUAAAUCACGCGUUAUAUACUUUUUACGUAUUUAUGUAAUAAUAUAAUAAUGUGCGAUGACUAAGUGCCUUUUAAUUGUUACCAAUUCAGUAAAAUUGAAAUUACAAUAAUCGAUCGAGCAAUUGAUUGAUUAUUAAUUUCAUCGAGAAGUGUACUAAAAUGUAAGAAUAAAUAAUCAUAAUAAUAAUAAUAAACAUGUAUUUUUAUAAUUGAUUUAUAUACAUGUAUGUAUUAUAUAUCUAUAAUAAACGUGCUCGUUCAACUCGUUGACAAUUCAUUAUUAUUGUUACAAUUAUUAUUAUCACACUUUGGAAAAGGCUCAAAAUCAUGACAAACUAUAUCAUUAUUUCAUGUAUUAUCGAAUGAAAACAACAAAAAAAAAAUUGAGAAACGAAUUGCAAUGGGUACGAUAUUGUGUUUGUUACUAGUCAAUUUAUAAAUUUCAACAUUUUGUACGAUAGAUUUUUCUUUUUUCUAAGAUUUAUAAUAUGUAACAUUUCUACGUUUUUAGUUGUUUUUUUUUUAUCAUAGAUUUAAUGCAAACUUGUAAAAACUACCGAAGAAAAAAAGAAGAGAAAAUAAUCACAAGUAUAUUACAUUUCGUUCACAUGUACGAACGUUAGGUACGAACCUUGCUGAAAAUUUGUAUGAGCUCGAAAAUAAGAUAGAACUGCAGCGACAGAGAGAACGUCACGUUUUAUUUUUUUGUAUUAAUACGGAUAUUUCUGUUAAUAUCGUUUGAAACAGUGGAUACAUUUAUCCUCAAUAUCUCUCUUGAAGGUAUACGAAUACCUCAAAGUAUUUACGAAGCAUUCAACAUACGUGUAUAGAUAACAGUUUAUAAAAAUUAUAGUAGAUAAUAAAUAGCAUUAGAUAAUUUAUUAUUUGUAAAUUCAUCGUAUGUAUUUCAUUUUGUCCGUUUUGUAUUAUGCGAAAUCAGUUAUUGAACAUCAUAAAUGAAACACAAAAGGUACACAUCAUUGAAUAUAAAACGCCGUUACGCGAAUGAAUAGUUCAAGAACGAAUUACCCUAUCUUAUAACUGUGUAUUCAUGGUUGUUAACAAUGGAAAGAAACAAGAAAUUAAAAGAAAAAGAAAAAUGAAAAAAAAAUGAAUAAAACUUGUAAAAAGUACAUUUAAACACAUUCACAUCUAGGUUUACGCCGUAACGGAGUAAAAAUAGUU